CCAGCUGUCAUGGCAAGCUGUCUUCAUUUGUCUCUGCAUGCUGCUCUCUUCCUGUCCCGGCGCUGCAGCUGGGACUUGUAGGACUGCAGGAAUGAAUGAAGUCGUGUAAUAUGUUUAAUCCUCUUUUCCAACUUGAUUUUGGAUUUCAGUACAAGAAACUUUAUUUCUACAAUGAACAUAGAAAUCUCCAUGAAUACCACAACUACUACUAGUAGUAGUAGUAGUGGUAGUAAUAGAAGUGGUAGUAGUGGUAGUAUUCAUCCUUCCAUCCGGUAUCGGGACAGGCUGGUCCAUGCAGGAGUAGUAUUCUCAUUACUGACAUUUAUUUGUUUGUGACGUAGAAGGAACACUUCCACACGCAGCUUACUUCUCAUUCACCAUCUCAUACUUUAGUGGGGGGGGGCUUACAGUCAUAAUCCAGCCCUGCACACACACACACACACACACACACACACACACACCCGAUGGAAGCCUACGGCUCUGAGGCGGGGUAGAAGGACUGGGGUUUUCCUGAGUUUGACUUCAGCAGAACCUGAUGAACUCGUGCCGCGGUGGCCUCCCCGCCACCGCCGUCCUCACCGCUGCACGUACGAUAUAUAAACAUCUGCAUCCGUGGCUUUCUUAUCUCCUGCCUGCGCCUCUGUGGUUUUUGUGUGAAACCUCCGUGGAGUGGCCUUGCCAUGCCUGGUUUCCUCUGCUCGUACCUCCACCACAGGAAUAAGCUUAAGAAUGUCUUUGACACGUAUCUCUCAGACGCUGCUUUUGUUUGCUGACAGCGGCGUUUGUGUGAGCAGACAAGCCACCACUAGCCACAGCUGUUGGCAGCAAACACUGGCCUUUUUAAAAGCAGCAACAAAAUCACGUCCUCGUACACGGAGGACGUGAUUUAUGUGACAUGUGGACUUGUUCGGGGGCCCAUGGACCCGUUGUUUUUCUACAGUAUCUGAACACUUGUGAAAGCGUCAGCAUCAACAAACCACCCACAUGCUGUGUCUUAGUUUAUGUUGGUCUUUUCAGAGGACCUUCUGGAAUAAGGAGCUGUUGUUCUGUGAUUCUGUUUCUCCAGGUGGGACCAGAUGGAGAGCUCGGAGGAAGGAUAGAUGGAUCAUUUUGGUCGUAUCAGCAAAGGCCAAGGUGCUGCUGUGGGUGCUCGUCUCUCUGCUGCCCCUGGUGGACGGCGCUCAGAUGACAGCUGUGGCUGUGGGACCAGAACCGGGCCAUCCUGUGGGUUCGCAGGGAGGACAGGAGGAGAGGGACUUUCCUGUGGCAGUGCCAGACGUGAUGGAGGACAAGGAGCAGGAAGACGACAGCGACCCUGACUCCGCGUGGCAUGCUCUGUAUGAGCCUUUUGUGAUGGAUGAGAUGGAUGACCACCUCAGCAUCCGCUGGGCCGGCCGCUCCCCUCGAUCCUCUGACCCCAGCGAGCCUCAGCCUAAAGGAUCUCAGAAGAAAAGGAAGAAAAGGAAGAAGAAGGAAAAGGAGGAAGAGGCCGGGGAAGGAGACAGGCGGGCUAAAGGAAGAAGCAGGUUCUCCAAACAGAGCAGCAGGGACUGUCGUGUGGAGAAGAAAGAGAUGAAGGUUCGGGACUUGGGCCUUGGCUUCGAUUCAGAUGAGAUUGUCCUCUUUAAGUUUUGUGUGGGCUCCUGUCAGUCUUCAAGAACGACCUAUGACCUGGCCCUCAAAGCUCUGCUGGAAAACGGCUCGCUGCCUCGUCGCACAGCCCGCAAGGUCAGCAGCCACCCCUGCUGCCGCCCUGACCGGUACGAGCCGGUUUCCUUCAUGGACGCGCAGACCACGUGGAGGACCAUCCAGUCUCUGUCUGCUGCUAGCUGCAUGUGUGUGGGCUGAAGAGCCAAACGGAAACGAGGACGGUGUCUCCGCUCAGGGAACUCCCCGAUGGGGCGCUGCUGCACACCGCUCACAGGAAGUGGUCGCGGGCAGGGGAGGAGGGUCUUCAGGGAUUCUCCAAGCGGACUUGUGAAUCCAUGUUUUGAUUUUUGAGACAAACUGCUGGUGAAUGCAGCUCUUCCCAGAAGCAGCUUUGUUUUUCCGUCACACACUCAUGAACACGUGUGUGUGUGUGUGUGUGUGUGUGUGUGUGUGUUCGGGUGAACUCAGCUGAAUGGAUGCCAUGCAUCUUCAUGUAUUACUGUGUAAAAGUAAGAUGUGUAUUUAUUUCUGAUAAGUUAUUUAUUUAUUCUGGCUUCAUGUGGGAGCUGAUUUAUAAACUAUGAUGCAGAUAAAUAGAAGUAUUUAUUACCACCUGUCCCCGUCGCUACACCUGUUAUAACUAGUUUAUUACACUCGCCCAGAAACACGAGUCAGAUCCAGCAGUCUGAAGAAUAAGGUCACGAUACAGCUGUGGCCAGAGGUUUAGAGGGCUGGGAUCUCGCUGGACACACGGGCGGCGACACACCACCAGCCCGCUGACGACCUGACCCGCGGCAGCGACGCGCUCCAGGGCGAAAGGCCCGGCCGGUUCUGCUCGGCCGUCAGACUGGAGGGAGUGUUGGUAUUAAAGCAGUUGGGAGUUGGUAGAGAUGAAGGUGUGACUGGAGGUCAGUGAAGUCUGUUAUUCCACGUAGAAACACGUGGAUGGCUUCGUCUCGUAUCACGGAGAACGACCACACCAACAACCUGCUCACCAACAAGUCCCCGUGCUGCUGCCUCUGGUCAAGCUCUGGGAAAUGCCACAUGACAACAAGUACCUUCUCCUCCAUGUUUGCACUGAGAAGCAUCCCGUCUGCUCAUUGGUCAGUCAGUGAAACCUCCGCUGAUUGGUCCUUGUCCAAGCGACAGCGAUGGCAAUAGAACAUUUUCAACUUCCUGGGGUCGCGUCGCUGACUCGCCUGAGCACGACACACACGAGCGUUCACACGCACGUUUUUAGCGUGUCGCUGAGCAGGAGGGAGACCCACGAUUAUCGCUUUGUCGCACAUCUCGUAUAAACGAAGGGAGAGGCCAUGUCGCCCCCGUGUGUCGAGCCCAUAAGUUUGCUGCUUGAGUGUUUUUGGAUUUGUGUUUAUCAGAUGUUUCCAUGGUUACUGAAGUAUGGCUGCAGCGUUUCAGAAGUUUCAAAGGUUUUUAUUGACCAUAACAUGAAGUUUAGAGUCUGUGUCUUUCCAGACCACUGUGGUCCACCCUGACCUGCAGGUCCACAUCCUGACUGAUGGAGCUGCUUCCCCAUCAUCCAUGUUGGAGUCGUGCUUGUCCUCCCUCCUCUGGAGAAUGGACCACAAGUUCUCAGGGGGUGUAAGGUCUGGGCAGUUUCCUGGACCUGGACCCAACAUGUUAAUGUUCUGGUUCUGAUCCAUUUAGUUCUGACUUUACACUUCAGCCCAGCAGGCUGGAGGGUUCAUCACCCAGCUGCAGUUGGAGGAGUUCCUCUGGGAGGAUGUUUAGGUUCCAUUCUUUCUCUAUGGCUGUUCCAAGGCUAAACUGGGAGUGGGUCCACUCCCCUGGCUCAAAAGUACUACUACCCCCCCCCCC